AUGGAAGGAAGAACAUCGUCUUCAAGUCGUGUCAGUUUUCGUAUACCAAAGAAGAAAACAAACACCAAGCCAGAGGAUGUCCAAGUUCAGUCCCCUUUGGCGAGGCUCCCAGGCUCCCACCAUUGGGACUACCCUUUAAAAGAGUGGAAAUUAAGUGCCAGCAACAGAGAGCCUUCUGGGAAAGGAAGAAGGCAAAAGGACCGUGGCAGAUGCAGCUCUAAUAAUGAAGAAUCAGUUGGGCAACCCAAAGUUAUCUUGACGAAUGUGCUGAGGACGAAAAUUGGAAGAAAAUACACGCAGGCACAGCUUAGAACUGGUGCUAAUUUUUCUGAUGCUGGCAAGCUUCUGUCAGAUCAACCACCCUCAUCGUCUGCUGCCAGCCUAAAGAUAUGGCAAAUUUUAAACCCUACUCUUCAAACCCUUUUUCUGUCUAAAAGGCAACCCAAAGUUAUCUUGACGAAUGUCCUGAGGACAAAAAUAGGAAGAAAAUACAUAGACAGCCACGUAAUAAUUGAUGCAAAUUUAUCUGAUGAUGACAAAUUACAAUCAGGCCAACUACCCUCGUCAUCUGUUGCCAGCCUACAGACAUGUGAAAUGUUAAGUUCUCCUCAUGAAAGUUCUUUUCUGUCUGAAAGGUCUGACCGUUGCCUGAGAAAGAAAGAUGGUGAUGUGUGUAAAUUGAGCAAGGCUUCUCACGAGCCAGAAAAAAAUAACGUCUUCAGUUUUAGAAGACCGGAGCUGCAGAUGAAUGAAAACAAGAACUAUGAUGAACUGGAGAAGAGGAGCAGAAACAUGAACAGCACCACUCUUAGUCAGAAGGAAUCGGGCUCUUUUGAUUCUGAGAGAAGGAAAAGAAGAUCUAGUGGCCAUAUUUCUGAUGAUUGUACUGCACACAUUCCAGAAAAAUCACUUCUGCUGUCUAAGGAGCAGAGAUCGAGUGCAGCUCGGUCUCGACGCAGAACACCCUGUGAGGAUGGACGAAGUCAUAGAUCUAAUCCAGUUCUGGUGCCAGAUUGUGUUCCACAGCCAUUAGAGAGAGACUGUAAAGACAAUUCAACCCACAACCACUUAAGGCCUGCUCACAGCUGCACAGAGCAAUCUAACUCACAGUCUCCUCCCAGAAAUUUGUCAGAGAAGCAGCUGUCUGCCACCAGCGAGGAUGCGAUUUCACCACGAAUUAGCACCAUCAGGAAAUUGAAGAUGGACGCGUCACAGUACCUGAGCAAGCUGCGGAACAGAAUCUGCAGGGGUGAUCGGCAGCUUGGUUUAGUUGACCCAAUUGUCCUUUCCAGUGAUGAUGAAGAUGGAUCUUCUGAACCAAAAUGCGCAGGGCUGCCGCAGGAUAACAUCACUGCCAACAAAGAAACAGACCAACAGGCUGACUUCUGUUUCUCAGCAAACCGGUUGGAAGAGAAGAUGGAAGGUCACACAGAGCAGUUUUUAACAGAGGCAGUUGAAGAUAAAUGUCCUACCAGCUUACCUUCUGGAAGCACACCUAGAAGACAGAUGAACCCAGGAUUGGCUGUUGAAUUUGAUAGUCUAUACAUUGGGAAAUUUAAAUGGCUAUCAACAGGUCCUGCUAUGUUUAAAAUGAAGUAUAUUAGGAUCCCACUUCAGGUGGCUCUUAAUAAGAAUAUUAAGCUGACAGUGGAUACUCUGAAUCUGAGAAGGUUUGGCUUGUGGAAAAGUGAUGGUGGCUGUUCUUCAACAACGAUCAUUUUCCUCUGGUUGUCUGUGGAUUACUUAGAACAGAUUGAAACCCAGUUAGGGAAGUUGGUUAUCAGCAAGCCGUCCAAAUCUAGUGAAUUUGUAUUUCUUGAACUGUCACAACCACUCACAGAAUGGGAAGAAGACAGGCUGACUGAAUUGAUUACAGAUGUGAGCAAGAGGAACAGAGCACCAGAUCUCCAUGACUUUUUGUCUCUGAAGCAAGCGUUACCCUUGUUUAAGGACCUCUCUCCUGAAGAGAGCUCUUUUAUGAGUUACAGUAAGGAUCUACUAAAGCAAUACACGCCAAAAGAGGACACCGCAGAUGCUCAUGAACCUGCAGUUCAGGAAUCAAAACCAAAAGUGGCCAGGCCCAGUUAUGCCCUUGCAAAUAAGCAGAAUAGUGGUUGCUAUUCUAUCUCUCUGUCCUCUGCACUGAAUGAAGAAUGGAAAGAAGUAAGAGAAACUGGAGCAGUUAAGAAUUUAAUUGUUUAUCCACCUCCACCUGCAAAAGGAGGACUGGGAGUCACAAGAGAAGACCUAGAGUGCUUAGAAUUUGGAGAAUUUCUCAAUGAUGUCAUCAUUGAUUUCUACCUUAAAUACCUGUUGUUGGAGAAGGCGCCAAAACAUCUUGCUGAUCGCACACAUAUUUUUAGCAGUUUCUUCUAUAAGUGCCUGACCAGGACAGAAAAAAACUCCGAGGGGGAUCUCAAAGUUUCGGAGGCACAGAGAAGACAUAGAAGAGUGAGAACAUGGACUCGUCAUAUAAACAUCUUCAGUAAAGAUUAUAUCUUUGUGCCUGUGAAUGAGGAGUCUCAUUGGUACAUUGCAGUUAUCUGUUUUCCUUGGUUAGAAGAACCUGUGUAUGAGGAGUGUCCCCAUCAGAGUUCAUUAUAUCAACAGCCUCAGCAGUCUCCGCUUUGGUCAGAGAGCAAGAACAUGGUUGGAUCAGUGUUGGCCUUUACUGGUAACUGCAGGGAUGAAGAAGAAAUGGAUGCAAACACAAGGUUGUUCUCAGAAG